AUGGACUCUGGUAAUUUCAUUAUGUUGGGUCAUGGCCAUAACAACUCUGCAAUUGCUUGGGAGAGUUUCGCGCAUCCAACUGAUACAUGGUUGCCUGGCAUGAAGAUGUGGAAAGGCAUGAAGCUUACUUCCUCGAAGAGCUCUUUGGAUCCUGCGAUUGGGAUCUUCUCAAUUGGAAUGUACAUGUCCCCAGGAAAGUCGCAGUUGGUGAUGGUCUAUAACAAGACCGUUCCAUAUUUCUCCAGUGGAGAAUGGACUGGGUAUUAUUUUGCUAAGAUCCCCGAGUCGGAGGGUCAGAAGACAAUCGAAAUGUCCUGUGUGAGGGUUUCUCCUGCAAGCAUAUACUAUAAUUUAAGCAUAAGCCCGUUAGAUCAAACCCUAUAUAUCCUUGGGCGGCUCCUGUUUUCUGAGAACGGCGAAUUACAACUCUACUACUGGAUGGAUAAUAAUCGAUGGAGCAUGCGGUGGUCGACAUACCGAAGUCAAUGCAGUGACUAUGAAAUUUGUGGGCCGUAUGGACUGUGCAAUACCAAUGAUCUGUGUACUUGUGUUCAGGGCUUCACGCCCAAGAACAAAUCGCAAGGUUGGUGGUCAAGCGGAUGUGUUCGGCGAAGGCCCCUACAGUGCUCUGCCACAGAGGGCACAACCGAUGGCUUCCAAGAAGCCAAGAAUCAGUACUUGUCUGUUAAAAAAGCUGUUGUAUACAACAACGAGCAAACACAGCAAGGCUGCCGGACUGCUUGUCUCAACAAUUGCUCCUGCACAGCUUUUGCUUUUGCUAUUUCUGAUCCACCCGUUUGUAGAUUGUGGUUUGGAGAUUUAUUUGGAAUGCGCGUUUCGUCGGAGGGCCAAUCCAUCUUCGUUAGGCUGGCUGCUUCGGAGUUUCCGCACGUGACAUCAGAGCACAGCAACAAAGCCCAUGCACUUCCUAUUUUACUUUCUAGCGCUGCAUCCUUUUUUGUUGCUUCGGCUUUCCUGUCGGCCGCAUUUAUUCUGUGGAAACGUCAAAGAAUGAGGAAGAAAACCGUUGAAGAGGAGGUGCCAAUGUCGCUCAAAAAGUUCACUUACAAAGAGUUGCGAAUCGCAACGGAGAAUUUCAAGCAUAACUUGGGUAGCGGAGCUUUCGGCUCUGUGUUCAAAGGAACUCUGGCAGACAGCACGCCCGUUGCCGUUAAAAGAUUAGAGGGUUCCACCCAAGGAGGAAAACAAUUCCGUGCUUAA